AUUCUCUUUCUCGCCUUGUCGCUAUGUCACUCUGUACGACUUUCUUCUUCCCAAUUCCCCUGAACCGCUGCCACAGUGCGAUCGAUCCAUGUUGAAUCUCUGAUUCAAUCCCAAACCCUAACCCUAUCAAUUUGCAUUGCCCUCCUUCUCCCACCCCUCAAUGGCCAAUGUCUCCGUCGCCGCGGAAUGGCAGCUCCUCUACAACCGCUACUACCGCAAGCCCGAGCUCUACCCUAUGCCGUGGAAGCACGUCGACCUCGCCCGCACCAAGGUUGCCGUUGCGCCCUUCGGCGGCCCGAUCGCCGUCAUCCGCGACGACUCCAAGAUCGUCCAGCUCCAUGCCGAGUCCGCCCUCCGCAAGCUCCGCCUCUUCUCUUCCUCGGGCCGCCCCCUCGCCGACGCCGUCUGGCGCCACUCCGGAGGCCGCCUCAUUGGAAUGUCCUGGACGGACGACCAGACGCUCCUCUGCGUCGUCCAGGACGGUACUGUCUACCGCUAUGACGUCCACGCGAACUUGAUUGAACCUAACCUGUCUCUAGGAAAAGAGUGCUUCGAGGACAACGUUGCGGAUUGCGCGUUUUGGGGGAACGGCUUGGUUUGCAUCACUGAGGCGAACCAACUUUUCUGCAUCGCGGAUUUCAAGAACCCAAGGGCGGUGAAGCUCGCGGAUCCCCUGAUCGAUGAGAUGCCUCAUUGUAUGGCGGUGAUUGAGCCGCAGUACACGGUUUCGGGGAAUGUUGAGGUUUUGCUUGGCGUGGAUGAUGCUGUGGUGCUUGCUGUGGAGGAGGAUGGCGUGCAGAGGCUCGGGGAGGGAGUUCUACGUGGACCGCUGCAGAAGAUGGUGGUUUCACGCGACGGCAAGUGGCUCGCGUCGUUUACGCAUGACGGGAGGCUUUUAGUGACUACUUCGGACUUGACUGGCGUUAUCAUUGAGAGGGAGUGCGAGUCAGCCCUUCCUCCAGAACAGAUUGCUUGGUGUGGAAUGGAUGCUGUGCUGUUGUAUUGGGAUGAUAUGCUUUUAAUGAUGGGUCCUGAUGGAGAGCCAGUUCACUACCUUUAUGAUGAACCAAUAAUUCUUAUACCCGAGUGUGAUGGAGUGAGGAUAUUGUCCAACACUAGUAUGGAAUUUCUACAGCGGGUGCCUGAUUCCACUGUUUCAAUAUUCACAAUUGGAAGUACAUCACCUGCUGCUUUAUUAUAUGAUGCCCUGGAUCAUUUUGAUAGGCGAAGUGCCAAGGCUGAUGAAAAUUUGAGAUUGAUAAGAUCGUCUCUUCCUGAGGCAGUUGAAGCUUGCGUUGAUGCUGCAGGUCAUGAAUUUGACGUUUCACGCCAGCGAACUCUCUUAAGGGCAGCGAGUUAUGGGCAGGCCUUUUGUAGCAAUUUUCAACGUGAUCGUAUCCAAGAGAUGUGUAAAAUUCUGCGGGUCUUGAAUGCAGUGCGCAGCCCUGAGAUUGGCAUUCCUCUUAGUAUUCAGCAAUACAAGUUGCUUACACCAUCUGUUCUGAUCGGUCGCCUGAUUAAUGCUCACCAACAUCUGCUUGCACUGAAAAUAUCAGAAUAUCUUGGAAUGAAUCAAGAGGUGGUGAUAAUGCACUGGGCAUGUUCAAAGAUAACUGCUUCAUUGGCAAUUCCUGAUGCAGCUCUUUUGGAGAUUCUGCUGGAUAAGUUAAAACUGUGCAAAGGCAUAUCCUAUGCAGCUGUUGCGGCUCAUGCAGACAAAAGCGGCAGACGAAAGUUAGCUGCCUUACUUGUUGAACACGAGCCUCGAUCGUCAAAACAGGUUCCUCUCCUGUUAAGCAUUGGAGAAGAAGAUAUAGCCUUGAUGAAGGCGACUGAAUGUGGGGAUACAGAUCUUGUUUAUCUUGUACUUUUUCAUAUUUGGCAAAAGAGGCAGCCAUUGGAGUUCUUUGGCACUAUACAGGCCCGACAUUUAGCACGUGACUUAUUUGUAACUUAUGCACGGUUCUAUAAAGAUGAAUUUUUGAAGGACUUUUUCUUAUCAACUGGGCAGCUUCAAGAUGUGGCAUUUCUUUUGUGGAAAGAAUCAUGGGAACUCGGGAAAAAUCCGAUGGCAAGCAAAGGAUCUCCACUUCAUGGUCCUCGAAUAAAACUUAUUGAGAAGGCACAAAGUCUUUUUGCUGAAACCAAGGAGCAUAUCUUCGAAUCUAAGGCAGCUGAGGAGCAUGCAAAACUGUUAAGAAUUCAGCAUGAACUUGAAGUUACUACAAAGCAGGCCAUAUUUGUGGAUUCUAGUAUAAAUGAUACAAUCCGUACUUGUAUUGUCUUGGGAAAUCAUCGAGCUGCAAUGAAAGUUAAAACAGAAUUUAAGGUGUCUGAGAAGAGGUGGUAUUGGCUUAAGGUUUUUGCUUUGGCUACAAUCAAGGAUUGGGUUGCCCUAGAAAAAUUUUCAAAGGAGAAGAAACCUCCAAUUGGUUUCAGGCCAUUUGUGGAGGCAUGCAUUGAAGCAGACGAAAAGGCAGAAGCCAUUAAAUAUAUCCCAAAACUUGCAGACCCUCGUGAAAGAGCUGAGUCAUACGCUCGAAUUGGUAUGGCGAAGGAAGCUGCGGAUGCUGCAUCACAGGCUAAAGAUGGUGAAUUACUUGGUCGGCUGAAAUUGACUUUUGCACAAAAUGCUGCAGCUUCAUCAAUAUUUGAUACUCUUCGAGAUCGUUUGUCUUUCCAAGGUGCUUAACUUUUUCAGACCUUCCUUCUUUAUUCUAUUCUGUUCCUCGCUUAUUCUUGUCCUUUUCGAAUAUUUAUUGUGUAUAUUGUGAAAAAAAUAUAGUGUAUCUUAUAUGCUAAUGUGAGAGGUAAAUGUGCUCAGAUGUUUGUCUUUAGUUUUUUUUCUUUUCUUUUUUUCGUGUCUUGUAGUUUGCUUGGUUUAUCUUCUAUUAUUCCUGUAUAAUAAAUAGUACAAUUUGCGAUUGAGUAGUGACCACAGCUGAGUUUGUGAUUUGUACUAACCAUUGCCAGAUUCUUUUUUAA